AUGCGGAAUGAACUCGGCAGUGAUCCUCUCCUGGUACCGGAACAAGACUCGGCACACCUCGCAGAUGAGCCGUUGUCGAUAUUUUCUGAAAGGCCUGCCGAAGGCCUAGUGGGACCUCUUGUGUGGUGCGACCAUAUGGACCUGUUAGCCACGAUGCAUGUCACCCCACAGGAAGCUAUAAGGGUCACAGUGCAGACUGGCACCCCUCAGCAGUGGCGUGGUCUCCACGGUGUCGGCGACGAGAAUGGCGAUAUAGCAUCGGUCUAUGUUGAGCAGAAGAAUACUAGAGCUGACACCACAAUGGCUGUGCUCAGACGAGCACACAGUGCUAAGGUCGUUGCCAUGGAAUGGGUGCUCACCCCGUUCGUGGUUGACGAGUCGUUGAAUGGAGACCACUGCUCUUUGAUUAACUGGCCGCAUAUUCGAAAUCUUGAUGAUGUUCGAGAUGCCAACAGAAGAGCUCUUGAGAAGGCUGACACUGUUGCGGAUUACGCAAAGUUGGUGUUGGGCCUUCAGCAGUUACAGCGGUACAUUGUGGAUGGUAUCAAUAUCCUCCUUCACGGGCCGUUGAAGAGCGCGGCGGCGGCCAUGAAGAAACUGGUCGGCCCACUUAAGGCGGAGAUGGAGGAGGAGGGAAAAGAGGCAGAAGAUGAUGUCGUCGCCCGAAGUGUAACAGAAGAGCUAAUUAGAUGCUUCCAUGGACUGGGUGUGCCUAGCCCAGCUCUUUCGAGGGCUUUGGAGACUAUUGGCUAUCAAACACAAGCAUUACAAAAGUUACAGAGAGAGCUUACUGAGGCUCUGGAUAUGUUCAGUGUUAUAUGUGCUCAUCAGCUAGAACCAGCAGUGGACACGUUGAUGGCCUCUGCACAUAGCAUUAGGCUUAUGGCACAUAAUGAUCAUUAUGCUGCUAUAUUGGGUGACGGUCAUGGAGGGCUCCACUGGGCUAUCGAUCAGCUCCUGACUGCAGGGGAACAUUUGACAGCUUUGCUUGAUGAGGCCUCCUCACAAGUGUCUUAUGCUAUUGGCUGUGAGUCCGACAGCAAGGGUGUGUUACUGAACCUUAUCCACCGACAGAGUGUGGCUCUGCCUCUAAUAACCCAGCUCGUGCGAUGGCAGCGCAUGGGUGAACGUCUGGGGGAGAUUGAUGAUGUGGAGUUGGACGAGAAGGAGAGGGUAUGUUGCCUCCCUCCCUAG